GCCGGACCAAUUUAGAGACCCCCACUGGGUCCCCGACACUGUCAUGGACGCGCGUAUAUAAAGCGCGCUGUUCGGCCGCGAAGCUUCACACACUUGAUCUGUUUGCGAGACAGCCAAGAGUCCUUCCCAGAACAAUGCAGGCCCUGACCGCCGCCCUCUUCCUUGGCCUUCUGGCCUUUGCCGCCGCUGGCUUCCUCGGCCACGGAUACGGUCACGGCUACGGCCACGGUUACGGCCACGGAUACGGCCUCGCCUACGCCAAGCCCUACGUCGCCAACUCUGCGGUGACCUGGUCUAUCACCCCCUCUGCCCUCGGCGGAUACGGACACGGUGGAUACGGCGGUUACGGCCACGGCUACGGCCAUGCAUACGGACAUGGCUACGGACACGGUGCCGUUCUCCUCGGCUACGGCCACGGUUACGGCCAUGGCUACGGCUACGGAGGCUACGGCAAGCUCUACGGCUAAACGGUCUUUACAGGGUAGGAACCAUGGAGUGCAAGAAAGUCGUAUGAUGAAGCCAAAUUUGUAUGCAAUUUCAGUUCGUGAAUGAGAAGCAGUAAAGAAAAAAAAUUGCCCAUCUG